AGCUCUCGGUUAAGGAGCGUGCGCACGAGCUGUCUCGAGCCCGCCUCCCCUUUUCUCACGUGACUCCUCCUUCUCUUCCCCCGCCUGCCCUCGGCUCCAUAUUGAAUUUGAAACUGAAGGAAACAAGUCUGGUCACAAAAUGGAGGUGUCCAUGGCUGAAGCUUGUAAAAGCAACUAGAAGAAAGGGAGAACCUGACUGCCUCCAUUAGUAACUGCUACUACAUUAGAGGCAGAGAGGAAACUCGAGACAGUAGCAGAACAGUGCUCCUCUCUUGUAGGAUUCUUGCUCGGCUAAAAGGAGCAACUGAGUUAGCACAUCCUUCCAAAAUGUCCUCCAUGAAAGAGGAGAGAGAUAUUGAAGACUACAAGAGGAAAGGAAGAAGGUCUUCACAGGGCCAUGACCCGAAGGAGCCAGAACAGUUGAGAAAACUGUUCAUUGGAGGCCUGAGCUUUGAAACAACAGAUGAUAGCUUAAGAGAACAUUUUGAAAAAUGGGGCACGCUCACAGACUGUGUGGUGAUGCGAGACCCACAAACAAAACGUUCCAGGGGUUUUGGCUUUGUGACCUACUCUUGUGUAGAAGAGGUAGAUGCAGCAAUGAGUGCUCGACCACAUAAGGUUGAUGGGCGUGUGGUUGAACCCAAGAGAGCAGUUUCUAGAGAAGAUUCUGUAAAGCCUGGAGCACACUUAACAGUAAAGAAAAUAUUUGUUGGUGGAAUUAAAGAAGAUACAGAAGAGUAUAAUUUAAGAGACUACUUUGAAAAAUAUGGCAAGAUUGAAACCAUAGAAGUCAUGGAAGAUAGGCAGAGUGGAAAGAAAAGAGGAUUUGCUUUUGUAACUUUUGACGAUCAUGAUACAGUUGAUAAAAUUGUCGUUCAGAAAUAUCAUACUAUAAAUGGCCAUAAUUGUGAAGUGAAAAAAGCACUUUCUAAGCAAGAAAUGCAGACUGCUAGUUCACAGAGAGGUCGCGGAGGCGGCUCAGGCAACUUCAUGGGUCGUGGAAGCUUUGGAGGAGGAGGAGGAGGUGGUAGUGGUGGUGGUGGUGGAGGAAACUUCAGCCGAGGAGGAAGCUUUGGUGGCAGAGGAGGCUAUGGCGGUAGCGGUGGUGGAAGCAGAGGAAGCUUUGGGAGUGGUGAUGGAUAUAAUGGAUUUGGCGAUGGUGGAAACUAUGGAGGUGGCCCUGGUUACAGUAGUAGAGGGGGUUAUGGUGGUGGUGGUGGAGGACCAGGAUACGGAAACCCAGGUGGUGGAUAUGGCGGUGGCGGCGGCGGCGGCGGUGGUGGUGGUGGAGGAUAUGAUGGCUACAACGAAGGAGGAAAUUUUGGUGGCGGUAAUUAUGGUGGCAGUGGAAACUAUAAUGAUUUUGGCAACUACAGUGGACAACAGCAGUCGAACUAUGGACCCAUGAAAGGAGGUGGCAGUUUUGGUGGCAGAAGCUCAGGCAGUCCCUAUGGUGGUGGUUAUGGAUCUGGAGGUGGAAGUGGUGGCUAUGGUGGCCGAAGAUUCUAAAUGGAACCAAUAACAGGGCUACAGUUCUUAGCAGGAGAGAGAGAGCGAGGAGUUGUCAGGAAAGCUGCAGGUUACUUUGAGACAGUCGUCCCAAAUGCAUUAGAGGAACUGUAAAAUCUGCCACAGAAGGAGCGAUGAUCCAUAGUCAGAAAAGUUACUGCAGCUUAAACAGAGAACCCUUCUUGUUCAGGACUGCCAUAGCCACAGUUUGCAAAAGUGCAGCUAUUGAUUAAUGCAAUGUAGUAUCAAUUAGAUGUACAUUCCUGAGGUCUUCUAUUUGUUGUAGCUUUGUCUUUCUUUUUUUUUUCAUUACAUCAGGUAUAUUGCCCUGUAAAUCGUGGUAGUGGUACCAGGAAUAAAAAACAAUUAAGGAAUUUUUAACUUUUCAAUAUUUGUGUAGUUCAGUUUUUCCACAUUUUAGUUCAGACUUUAACAAAAAUAAAGAAAUGUAGUUCAGGGUGUUUUUUGUUAAUAGAGAAGAUUUAUGCAUUUCUCAAUUACCAUUUUGUGUUAAUUUAAAGGUAAAUGUAGAAACACCUGAUUUGCAGUCUUAAGGGGUCUAGUCUCAAUGUGUAUAUGUAACUCCCAUUGACAUGAGUUAUAUAUAUGCAGAUCGAGAAAAUGUUGCAUUAUAGUUUGUUUUAGAUGUAUUACUAGGAUUGAGUUAUUUAAACUAGUGUUGUGAAUGAUAGAAUUAAGCUUACGCUCAAAUGAAAAUUUCAAAUUA